AUGGGUUCAAAUACUAAUAGUUUUAUAUAUGAAAUUGGUCCACAAAUAGCUGCAUCUUUACAUAUACUUGCUAAUUGUGAAAUCGUUGUUCUAUGUGACGAUUCAGAUAGUAUGAAUACACCACUUCAAGUUACUAAUCAAACACGAUGGGAUGAACUAAAAUCUCUCGUUAAUAUUGUUGUUGAUAUUUGUGCAGUUAUGAAUUCUAAUGGUGUUGAUGUUUAUUUUUUGAAUCGAGACUGUGUACAUAAUGUAACUAAUGCACAAAAUAUGCGUCAUGUAUUUAAUUCACCAGCAAAAGGUUAA